AUGAGCGUGUUGGGCAUGUUCUGCCUGGCGGUCCUAGAGAUGUGUACCCGGAAAGCUUCAGCCUGCGAUGUCCUGGCGGUCUACGGGCAGAUCACGUUGCACAUCAACGCCCUAGGCCUCGGCUGCAUCACGCUGCUGGGCCACGCCUGCUGGGCUCUGGUGCAGCUUCUCCUGCUGGCGGCUGCCUUCGCCUGGGUGGUGUUCAUCUGGGGCGCGGCGGCCGCUCGGCGUGUUGAGCGAUUCGAGUCUCCGACGGUUUGA